UAAUUUAGUUGAAAAAUAAAAUCUAAUAUUUUUUUAGGAAAAUGUCCAAAUCAAAUGGUCACAUAAAAUAACAACCAUUCGUUUAUGAUCUGAUCUACAUUUAUUUCGUUUUUUCAUAAAUAAAUCGUUAUUUUUAAUUAUUAAUAAUAUUAAAUUUCCCAUUUUUUUGACAAAAAAUAUCAGGAAAAACAGAGAGAAGCGCGUAAUUGGGAAAUAUCUGAAGUAUCAUCUUACCCAAAAUAAAUAAAAAAUUGAAGAGAGAAAGUGAGAAAUUUGCAAACUCACCAUCGGAGCUACAAACGAGUAAAGGAAAAUGAGUACUGCCACUAUCGGAUUAUUGAGCUCGGCGGCAACCGCUGCCUCUUCCUUCACCCGUUCCGGCGCCGGUAAUGCUUCUCAUGAUCAUCUAACCAUUUUCGGAACCAUGAAUUGUUCUUCCUCCGCCGCCUCCUCUUCUUCUUCUUCUCUUUCUCUCCCAUUUUCGCCUCCCAAAAUUGCUUAUACCUUUACCAACAGAAGAAGAAGAAGAAGUGUUAGUUGUGAAGUCGCUAUCAAAUCAGACUCAACGACGUCGUCUUCUUCUUCAGAUUUGUCUGCUUCGUCGUCGUCUCUUUCCGAAGAAGACGCGGCUGGAGUAGCUAAGGUUGGAGCGAGGGUUAGGGUUAAGGUGCCAUUGAAGGUGUACCAUGUUCCCAAAGUUCCGGAGAUAGAUCUUAUGGGAAAGGAAGGAGAAAUAAAGCAGUAUGUUGCGAUUUGGAAAGGGAAGCAAAUCUCAGCUAAUCUACCUUACAAGGUUCAGUUCGUCACGGAAGUCGAAGGUCGUGGCGCUGUUAAGUUCUUUGCUCAUCUCAGGGAAGAUGAAUUCGAGUACCUUUAGGUUUUCUUCUCCUUCAACUCUCAUGGCUUCCACACCAGGCAAAUAUAUCUCUUCUUUACCCUUUGUUCUCUACUCUCUUUAUGGUAAAAAUAAAAACUUGAAUACAUUAUAGCCCAAGAGCUGAGUUCCCAAUACAGUAUUGUAUGUAAAUCACUUUGAUUCUGAUGUUAUUACUUUUGAUGUAAUUGAUAUUUUAUUCUGGCUAUACUGUUGUUAUUGCCAUUAGAUUAUGGUGAAAUAUAUGCUCGUUUUUGGGUUA